AUGUCAACACCUUCAUCCAGCAAGCGCGUCUCGAGCUCGGGAGCUAAGAGCUUCCUGCCAUUGUCAGAAGAGUCGGCACUCUCGACCCGUGGCCAGCACCUUCCACAGCUCAUACGCGAGCGCUCGACAACCCAUGCUCCUGUCGUGACAGGACGCCGCCGCCGCUCAUCGCUCGAUGGCAACUUUGCUCCAGGCACCUCGCUUGAAGACGGCGCCGCCGUGAGCGACAAUGAGCCACCGACACCUCAACAAGCUCGCUUCAGAGCUACCGCCAACGACCAGAACUCGGAUGUCUCGCGUCGUCUCAGUUCGGGCGCUGUUGCCCUCAUGACUCCCCAAAUGCGCAGUAUGCGCUUGAUCGGCAACAGCAAUCCGCGCUACCGCUGGGAGAAGUACUUCACACCCGACGAAGACCUCAAGAAGAUGAAGAAGCCCAUCCGUCAAUACUACGAGCGGAACAACUUCCUGAUCCAGCAGUACCUGUAUAUCGAUAGACUGCUCGACUCGAGUCUGCCCCAUGAUCUGAUUCAAGAGUAUCAGUACAACGUUCACAGCAGUUCGGGAGCUGCCACCGUGCCGCCCACCAUCAGCGAGGAGAACGGCAGUCCAAGUGCUGAAGCCUCUGCCAGACCUUCUCCUGCCCUCACUCCUAUCGACGCCAACGGCAAUGGCACCGCCUCGGCAAACCAAAGUUACAGGCUCAAGCGAACGCCUAAGGCUUUGUACCGCGUCGGUGCUGACGAAGAGACGCCCUUGUUGGCCGAGGACGACAGCAAUUCGCUCUUCAAUACCGGUAUCCCUGCUUUCGAGCCCGAUGAUGAGCCUGACAGCCAGAGCCGCGUUGUCACUGUAGCCAUCUACCUGAAUCUGGUCGCCAACACUGUACUCCUCGGCUUGAAGAUUGUCGUCACUGUCCUCACCUCUUCCGUUUCCGUUCUGGCUUCCUUGGUCGAUGCAGCCCUGGACUUCCUCUCGACCGCUAUCGUAUGGACUACCACUAGACUGAUCAGCCAUAACGAUAUGUACAAAUAUCCUGUUGGUCGCAGACGUCUGGAGCCCAUUGGCGUUCUAGUCUUCUCAGUCAUCAUGGUCACCUCUUUCGUUCAAGUCGCCAUCGAAGGUUUGAACCACCUCACCUCCAAGGAUCAUACCAUUGUGCAACUUAGCUAUGCUGCUAUUGCCAUCAUGUCUGCCACCGUCAUCAUCAAGUUCGGAUGCUGGCUGUGGUGCAGACUGAUCCCCAACAGCAGCGUCCAAGCUCUGGCCCAAGAUGCAAUGACUGAUGUCGUCUUCAACAUCUUCUCCAUCAUCUUUCCCUUGUUAGGCUACUAUUUCAGCAUCUGGUGGCUCGACCCUCUCGGUGGUAUUCUCCUCUCCUUUUACGUCAUCGGCGGCUGGUCAGCCACAUCCCUCUCUCACAUCCGCAAUCUCACUGGUGCAGCCGCUUCUGCAGACGAGCAGGUCGAUAUUGUGCUGGAUGAGCACAUGUCACUGAGAGACAGCCAUGACUUGGGAGAGAGUCUGCAGUACGUCUUGGAGUCGGUGCCUACAGUUGAUCGUGCCUUUGUGCAUCAAGAUUAUGCUAGUUGGAACUUGCCUUCUCACAUGACUCAGCAAGAUUAA